AUGGGUCCAGUUCGGCUCUCGGCGCUCCCUGCGCUAUUGUUUCUAGCUUUCGCAUCGGUCGUUCUGGUUGGCGCAGAGGAUUUUCUCGGGUUACCGACAUCGAAGUACGAGCACGAAUGGGCCAAGUACCGGCAACCUGACGGGCUACUGUCGCUCGACUACCUGAAGGAAGGCGGCGAUGGCGACAAGAUCAGAGGAAGGAAGGCCAUGGAGAACCUUUUUGAAGUCGUCUUCUGCUCCGCUCUCCCGUCGAAGCAAGUGCUCCCGAACAACCUCUUCCAGAACGGCGAGUUUUCUGAAGGCAUCAACCCGUGGCAAGGCUUCGGCUGGUCGUCCGUGUACGCGGUAAAGGACACCCGCUUAAAUUACGGUGUCUGCACAAAUCGCUCCGAAGCCUACUCCGGGCCGAUGCAAAGCGUGUCCAACCUGCCGGCCGCGUCGUACGAGAUGAUCGUCUGGGUCCGGCUGAACUCCGGCGACCGGCAGUAUGUGAACGCGAACGUUAACAUUAACGGCCAGUAUGUCUGCAUCGGCGGCGCGAUCGCAAAGUCUAAUUGCUGGACGAAACUCAUGGGCGGAUUCACGCUACACGACCCGCUGGAUAAAGCCAGUAUUUAUAUCCAGGGCGCGAGUCCCGGGACCGAGAUCUGGAUCGCGCAGGCUUCGUUGCGAAAGGUUGACAAGGACGAAUGGCUGGCGCAGCAGAAGGCGAGCAUCGAGAAGCAUCGCAUGCGCGACGUGUCGUUGACGGUGACGGGAAAUAACGGGCAGCCUGUGGACGUGGUGAUUAACCAGAUUCAGUCGGAUUUUCCGUUUGGCGGGAACGUGAACGGCGCGAUCCUUUACGACACCAACUACCAGAAGUGGUUCAAAGAUCGCUUCAACUGGGCUGUGUUCAAUAACGAGGGCAAAUGGUACUUUAACGAGGGGUAUCGGCAGGGUGAAGAGAACUACACCGUAACAGACGCGAUGACCAACUGGUUCCGUGCGCGAAACAUCAACGUUCGCGCGCACAACCUGUUCUGGGCAGUCGAGAAUUUCGUGCAGUCAUGGGUAAAGGACCUCAACGACGAGGAUCUGUGGGCGGCGAUGCAGCGAAGACUGAACCAUGCGGUAACCCGUUACAAGGGGCAGGUGCAGCACUGGGACGUACUCAACGAGCCGCUUCACGGCAACUACUUCGCGGACCGUCUCGGGCCGCAGGUGCACGAGUGGAUGUACAAGGCUACUGCAGCGAUCGACAACAAAGCGCAGCUGUUUAUUAAUGAUUAUAAUACCGUCGAGGAGUGCGACGGCGUGUCGCAUCCCGAGUAUUACCUCGCGAAGGUUUGGCAGAUGACGACACGUGGCGCGCCGGUGACUGGGAUCGGCGUCGAGUCGCACUACAGCAAGGAACCCCAGCCGGCUCGUCUCCGCCACGAUCUGAACCAGCUGGCCGUCGCAGGCAUUCCCAUCUGGCUGACGGAGCUCGAUUUCAACAAGGUGCCUGACGACGCGAUCCGCGCGGACUAUUUCGAGUCGGUCAUGCGCGAGGCGUUCGCGCACCCCGCGGUGCACGGCAUCGUGAACUGGUCCGCGGGGCGCGCCUCGUGCGACAAGUACAAGGACGUGGAUCCCGGCAUGUGCAAGCCGUGCGAGGCGUGCUUCUCGGACUUUAACUACGUCGAUAACGAGCUGGGGAAGAGGUAUGUGCGUCUGCGCAAGGAAUGGAGCACACACCUCAACGCCAAGAUCUCCCCCGGGCAGCCGCUCGCGUUCAAGGGCUUCCACGGCACCUACCGCGCCCGCUUCCAGCACCCUCCUCCGCACCACACGGGCCAGCCACCGUACCCUAAUCCCCCUUACCCGCAAGGCCCGCCUUAUCCGCAAGGCCCGCCGUACCCCCAAGGCCCGCCGUACCCCCAAGGCCCGCCGUAUCCGCAAGGCCCGCUAUACUCCCACGGACCGCCUCCUUUCCCGCCCUAUGCCAACGGCCCUCCCCCCGCCGGAGCCGGGUUUUACGGGCCUAGUUACCCACCUUCCGCUGGCCCGGGCCCUCCGCCGUACGCCCGCGCGGCGCGCGGUGGGGAAGAUGGGUACGGAUCGGACGGGUCGUUUCACGGUUACACGUCGGACGAGCCGCCGUAUCGCCGCGGCGCGGGCUGGGCCACUGCUACUGGCAUCUGCUGCUCUCCUUGUGAGACGCUUCAACAUCUUCCCCUCUCUCUUUUCCUCGUGACCUCCUGCCUUCAUCCCCCUCCACCCUCCCCUGCAGACCGCUCAGAUGUAGCUAUCUACAGCGAGCCACCAGCACCAGCAUCAGCGCUCUCGUCCCUCCUCCCCACACGCUCCCACUCGCAAUCACAUGUCACUGCUCACACUUCUAAACACACCGGGAUGCCAGCUCGCACACCCGCCCAGACACACUCGUCUCUUGCACACUCCAGUCCAAGCAACGCCACCCAAGCGCAGAACAGACAAGGCUACAGCUUGCAGCAUUGGGGCGGCAAGGGGGGCCAGCAGUUUAAGUACGAGCUGGCGUUCUGCUCCUUCCCCAUGUACCGCGAUCUCAACCCCUCCACGCUGCAAGUGUGCGUGGGGGGUGGGCAUGGGCAGGAGGGGAGAGCAGGGGAGUUUAAAAGGGGGAAAGACGAGAAAAAAGGCGCACAGUGGCAAAAGAGGGGCCAGCGGUGUGCUCUAUCUCCCUUGUGCUCUAUCUCCCUUGUGCUCUAUCUCCCUUGUGCUCUAUCUCCCUUGUGCUCUAUCUCCCUUGUGCUCUAUCUCCCUUGUGCUCUAUCUCCCUUGUGCUCUAUCUCCCUUGUGCUCUAUCUCCCUUGUGCUCUAUCUCCCUUGUGCUCUAUCUCCCUUGUGCUCUAUCUCCCUUGUGCUCUAUCUCCCUUGUGCUCUAUCUCCCUUGUGCUCUAUCUCCCUUGUGCUCUAUCUCCCUUGUGCUCCUUCCCCUUGUACCAUGAUCUUAACCCUGCCACACUAGAUGUGUGCCUGCAAGUGCGUGGGCAGGGGGUGGGGGCAGGGGGCAGGAGGAGGGGGCGGGGGGCAGGGGGCAGGGGGUGGGGGCAGGGGGCAGGAGGAGGGGCGGGGGGCAGGGGGCAGGGGGAGGGGGCGGGGGGCAGGGGGCAGGGAGAGGGUGCGGGGGGCAGGGGGCAGGGGGAGGGGGCGGGGGGCAGGGGGAGGGGGCGGGGGGCAGGGGGAGGGGGCGCGGGGCAGGGGGAGGGGGCGGGGGUGGCCUAUCACUACCUCAGAGUGGACUACUUUGUGCUCAGUGACGGGGGCUCGGUGGAUGACACCAUUAUGAAGGUCCUAUCCCCUUUUGUGGAUGCCAACAUAAUGGAAAUAGUCGACAUUCGGGGUGCAUACGCAUUCGAAAACAAACAGAACGUGCUAACCCUAAAUGACUGCAUGUACCGUCUCCGCUCCGCCGCCCGCUGGGUACUGUUCAUGGACUUUGACGAGCUACUGUACAUCGCCCCGCCGGCCGCCCCGCUGCCCGAGCCAGAAGCAGACGAAGAGGGCGAGUACACGCCGUCCGGGCGCAAGCGGAGAAAAAAACGAAAAAGGCACACCAAGCCGAAACCGGUGGACGUAGCUGGCGGGUCCCUGCACAACCUCCUUAUGCAGCAUAACGGAUCGGCUUUUAUCACGUUCGGGAGUGUGUGGUGGUCUGUGGAGUACUGUAGACCUUCCACUCCCGCGCUCACGCUCCCGAUUCAGCGCAUGCGGUUUCACUGGCCGCAUGUGUACUGCGUGGGAGAGAAGGACAUGGGGUACUCGCCAGACCACUGCCUCAACUUCUACGGCCAUCGCAAGUUCCUGGUUGACCCACGACAAGUGUGGGCCGUGCAGGUGCAUCGCCCCAUAGAGCCGCUGGAGGGCGGCGUGCAUUUGACCCCUGAUGUGGCCUACCUCAACCACUUUCAGGGACUCCUGCGUGCAAACUUCACAUUGUGUUCUCAAGAGGUGCUUCCAGGAAAGGAGCCUGACUGGUGGACAGAAGACGGCUAUUUGGCUGAAUUAGUGGGCAUCAUGAUGAAGAAAGGGCCCCCUAAGAAACGCCAGAGUUUGUCCUUUUGA